AUGUCUUCUUCUGAUGAGAAGUCUGGUGAGGAUGGAUCUGAGCGCCCUGGCCCGUUUGCCGCACUCUUUCAAGAGAUCGGAGAAAUGCGUCAAGAACAGAUCACCAUCAGGGACAUGUUGUGUGGCCAGGGAAGUCGUGAAGGCAACGAUGGCGUGGAGGCAACGGCAAUGGUGGUCAAGGCUCCCAAAGCUCCUCGACGUUUAGUCGUGCGAGUCCCUCGGGGCGGUCACAGUACUCGCUUUAAUUCCUGGACCCCGAAGCCCGAAACCCUGCGUGAGGUCCAACAUCAGGCUGAGAUGAAAAUGUUGAGAGUUCGUCUUGAAGCCCAGCAUGAGGUUGAAAUGAUGGAUUUGAGAGUCCAAUUUGAGACCGCUCGCAACGAGAACCGCCGUCUGGCUGAGCUAUGCCGGAGUCAACGAGAGUCCUCCCUCGGCCUCUGA